CGCUCAGUGUGUAGGGUGUCAGUGCGCUGUAUUGCUGGGUGCGGAGGAGUCUGUGUGCCGCUAUAUCGCUGGUGACUGAGGUCCGCCCGUCCUAGUGAUGGGGAGAGGAAGUCUCGGAGCUCCUGGCUAAGUCGGCUCUCCUUCCCCGGGCCAUGCCCCUCUCUCCCUGGCACUGCCCUUGGAUUAUUAUCGCCUUAGUGCCCCAUUGCUGAGCUGCUUGUCGGAGUGUCCGGGCUGCAAUCAUGCUCAGGAGGGUCCUGCUGAGUGUCUUCAUGGUGACUGUGAUGGGCAGAGGGAGCGCGCUGCAGUACGCCAGUGAUAUGUGCAACUGGAGAGGAAGCGGAUUGACCCAUGAACCGCACAAGAAGGAAGUCGAGCAGGUGUACCUCCGUUGUUCGGAAGGAUCAGUCGAAUGGCUGUACCCAACUGGAGCUCUCAUCGUCAACCUCUUCCCCAAUACCUUUUCUGCUUCUGAGCACUUGACUGUUUGCAUUAAACCUUUCAAAGACUCCAAAGGAUCUAAUAUUUAUUUGGAAAAAACUGGAGAACUCAAGAUGUUGGUUCGGGACGGGGAACACCUUCCUAACAAGGUCUAUUGCUUUGCCCAGGAACAAGGAGUGUUGUUCAUUGAGGCCACACCACAGUUAGACAUUAGCCGAAAAAUCACCGGCUUCCAGUAUGAGCUUAUUAGCCGGAGGACGCUAUCAGACUUGCACGCUAUUUCUGAUCCCUGUCGACCCUGCAGUGACACAGAGAUCCUGUUAGCAGUGUGCAUUAGUGAUUUUGUUGUCAAAGGUUCUAUCAAAGAAGUAACCAGCGACCUGGAACAGCAGGAAUCCAUCAUUUCUGUUUCCAUCGACAGACUUUACCGACAAAAAAGCAAAAUCUUCAAGCCCAACCAAGAACAUGGUUGGGAAGGUCUGCUGAGGACGCCUCUAGAAUGUGGCGUCAGGCCAGGACUGGGGGAGUUCUUGUUCACUGGACAAAUGCACUUUGGGGAGCCCCGAUUGGGCUGUGCGCCGCGGUAUAAGGACUUCCAGAGGAUAUAUCUAGAAGCAAAAAGUAAUGGAUUAAACCCAUGUGAAAUUGACACUGAUUGAGAGACCCAAGCACUGCCUUGUCAGAGUUUUGUAGACUGUUCUACCUUUCGGAUGUUGGGACUGUAGUUUUAAAGGACAGCAAACACUUGGAAGGAUUAUGAAGACUUUUUAGAAGUGGUUGAAGGUCUACCUAUCCACGACGUAAGCUGUUACACUAAAGUGUUGGAGGUACGAAAUCGAAAUGGGCCCGGCCCAAACUCGCCACUGUACAAGACUGCCAUUUGAGUCUUGCGUCGCAAACCUAAGUUAUUAUUUUUUUUCUUAUCAAGUCUUAAACCGAAGAAACUGCCUCCUAUUUUUGGUAUUACUAAUGUUUCAUGAUCCAUAAAACAUCUAAGUUGUAGCAAUCCAACACAGCGUAUUUUUUUUUUUUUUUUUUUGUAUAAAAUGGUUCGUCGCGCAAGGACAAUAUGUUGUAUUUUUAACAUGCUUUGUAAAAAGCUUGGUGUACAUUUUUUCUGAGAAUGUUUCUUACAAAAGAAAUGUUUGUGAAUUUUUUUUUUUUUUUAAAGUUUUUAUUGUGCAAUUGCGAUCUGACAUUUUGCGCAGGUCAGUUGAUUGUGUUUUUUUUUUUUUUCAAUGCCAGUGAAAUAAAAAGACCUGGAAUUUUAUGCGUUUGUGUAUUCCGUUGACUAUGUAUUGUCUGUGUUCCAAAUGAAAACCUGUACUCCUAAGUUGCCUGGCCAGCCUCUGCUUUUAAUAAAUCAAUGAUCCCAA